AUGAGAACAAGUACCGCGGAUAAGUUGGAUCUGAUAUCAGAUAAUAUAGAUAGACGAAACCUACUUGACAUCAACAAUGACUAUACCACUGGCUCUUCAAGCGAGACAGAUGAGUCCGAUACACUGAAAUUCCAAAGGACACCCAGUGACCUUCUGGAUCUUAGAGCACCACCACAUCUUGCCAAAAGGAAUGGCUCGUAUUUCCUAAAUAAAAAUGAUAGCGAACUUGCAAGUAUACCAUCAACAACCCCAUCUGCAUUGUCGUCCACCACAUCGGUUAAUAACGCUUCUCCGCCACCGAGUCCACUUCGAUACGAGAAUCAGCGUGAUAAUUCACAAGUUAGAAACAGAAUUAAGAAGCAAGAGCACGAGCACGAGCACGAGCACGAGCACGAGCACGAGCACAAGCAAGAGCGGCAAAAAAAGAGACCUUUUACUAGUGGCACUGGAUUACAUACCAGUGAGUCCGAUAUUACUUUGGAUGGAUUAGUCAAGUAUGUAUCGAACCAGGACAAAGCAAGGCUCAACAAAAGACAUCAAGAGUUGAACAAUAAUGAUAAUAAUAAUAAUAAUAUUAAUACUACUACUACUACUACAGACGAGAACGACAAAACCACUCAAAGUAGUAACAACGACAAUAACAGUAAAAACAAAAACAAGAACAAGAACAAUACUGGUGCUCACCAUGGCCAUAAAAGGAAAGAUAGCAAUAGCAAGUAUCGGUUACGUUUUGGAGACUUGACAUUCGGUACUUCGAGCACAACGAUUCUUGACUCACAAGAGUUUAUCAACUCGCAAUUCUUUGGGAUGUACGUGUUGUUUUGGCUCGCUACUGCAUUUAUCAUGUUGAAUAACUUUGUGCACAUCUACUUUGAGAAUGCUACACCAAUAUGGAACUGGACAGUUGUGAGAAUUAUUCGUCAGGAUUUGUUUAAAGUUGCAUUCACUGAUUUGGCAAUGUACUUGGGUACAUAUAUGUCAUACCUUUUACAAGUUUCUGUGAAGCACCGAAUUUUCAGCUGGAGACGUGUAGGGUGGAUUGUUGAAAGUGUUUAUGAAGCUGCUUAUUUCUUUACAUUUUUGUGGUUUUCCCAUUAUAUGCAAUUCCCUUGGAUUGCCAGAGUGUUUUUAGUAUUGCACAGUUUGGUGUUUGUUAUGAAGAUGCAUUCCUUUGCAUUUUACAAUGGCUAUCUAUGGGGAAUAUACACCGAAGGUUUAUUUUCAGAGUCUUACUUGCACAGGUUGCUAAAUGACGAGGUUGAUUUACCCAAAGGAUUUGAGUUGGACCAUACUCUAAAAAUUCUUGAAGGAAGUAUUGAGUUUGCCAAGUAUGAAUUGGAGUACCAGUCGAAAGCCACAUCGGAUAAACCCGAUAAUGAUAAACAUAAGUGUGACGGUGCAAGAUUGGAUAUAUCGAUUGAGGAGCUACAACGCACAAAUUGUAUUUUGUUUCCUCAAAAUAUCAAUUUGAAAAACUACUUUGAGUAUAGUAUGUUUCCAACUUUGGUCUACACUAUACUGUACCCUCGAACCAAUACAAUCAGAUGGUCGUAUGUCUUUUUCAAGACAUUCGCCGUGUUUGGUCUUUACUUUUUGAUGAUCACCAUUGCAGAAAAUAGCUUGUUGCCCAUUGUUGGACGGUGUUUUCUUGCCAAGAAACUUCCACUCCAGGAACGUGUGCCACAAUAUUUUUUUAUACUUCUUGAUAUGAUACCACCAUUUUUGAUGGAGUAUCUAUUUACAUUUAUUCUUAUAUGGGACUCGGUGCUCAAUGCACUUGCCGAGCUCACCAUGUUUGCAGAUAGGGAUUUCUAUGGCCCGUGGUGGUCAUGCACGGAUUUCUCGGAUUUUGCCAGAUUGUGGAACAAACCGGUGCACAAUUUCUUAUUACGUCACGUGUACCACUCGAGUAUAAGUGCGUUUAAGGUGAACAAGAUCCAAGCUGCAAUGAUUACAUUUAUCAUUCUGAGUAUUGUGCACGAGUUGGUGAUGUAUGUCAUAUUUGGCAUUUUCAGAGGCUAUUUGUUAUUGUUCCAAAUGUCUCAGAUCCCAUUGAUUAUGCUUAGCAGGUCACGGUUUUUGAGAGGAAGAAAGAUUUUGGGCAAUAUUAUCUGUUGGUUUGGCUUUAUUAGUGGUCCUAGUAUAAUCUUUUGUCUAUAUCUAGUGUUUUAG